UUUCUGCUUCAUAGUUUUAUUUAUUCUUAUAAUGAUAUCAUUUUACUACUGAAUUGGAUGAGGCCCCUACGACGUUCACACAUCUUGAACUGUGGGUGGCAGCAAUUCGGAUGAGUGGGUUAGUUCACUCUACCGGAAGUGUAGAAGGAGGAAUUUGUGGUCUGACGUGCUCUGAGUAUACUCCGACUGUCCGACUGUCAAUAACAGAACAUUCAAGCAAAUACACAUGUGAAGCCAGGAAACAUGAGCAAGAAAACCAGUUGGGAACUUUAAUGAUCGCAGGCCAAUCAGAAAAAAAAUAUUAAGUGGCGGAGCGUGUGGGCUGCGAAGACCGGAGGUCAAAGUUCAGACUGAAGAUGGUCUGAUGGACCGACGCUUUGUGCUGACCUUCAUCCUCUGCUCCGUGUCCUGGGUGUUCUUCUGGGAAGUGCGCUGGAAGAAAUCGAAGGGAACUCAGAUAGAAGAAUGGCUCCAAAAACACCGCUUGUCCGAGUACAAGCACUUAUUUGAGGAUGUACAGACGCUGGAGGAGCUGAGUCUGAAUGUGUUAACGAGGCUGGAGGAGGUCGUGCAAGAACAGCGACUCUGGCGGGACAUAUCUGAAGCCCACAUCCAGCUCCUCAGAGACUUCGCUUUUCAGGAGUGGCUCAGCUCCCAGAGCCUCGAGCACUACUACCACACGCUGAAAACUCUGGGUUGCAUCAAUUUGGAUGAUUUGGCCCAGUUUGACAGCCAACUUCAGCUGUCUCUGGCCGCGUGGGGCUACUAUUACGAGGACUACAUCAAGUUGUCGACCGGCGUGAAGGUCCUCCAAGCCAGUAGAAAUCACCGUGAUCAGGAUUACGAGAUUCAGCUGGUCCACAGCCUCGCUGAGAGGCGUCUCAACGAGAAGUGGUCCUUUGCAGGAGCUGUUAUAUUUGGCUGUACUGUUGCACUGUGCUUUCUUAUUCGAGACCUCAUGUUUUACGUGAUUGGUGGAAUAACUGUGUCCAUCAUCGCAUUCGUCUUCACCAUCAAAUUCCUGUGCGAGCUUGCUGCACGGGUCGUCAGCUUUCUCCAGAAUGAGGACCCUGGACGCCGUGGUGAUCGUAGCAUCUACGAUUAUGUGCGGGGCAACUACCUCGACCCACGCUCUUGCAAAGUGGCGUGGGAUUGGAAGGAGCCACAGGAAGUAGGCCAGACCAUGACUUUCCGUGUGCAGCUGUUUUAUAAAAAUGGCCAGCCAUUCCCCGCUCACCGGCCGGUCGGCCUGCGGGUCAACAUCACCCACAUGGAGCUGGCGCUGGACAUCCCCGUCACCCAGGAGGUGCUGCAGGACCCCGAGGCCAACGUGGUGAAGGUGGCGUUCACCGUACGCAAAGCAGGCCGCUACGAGAUCGCUGUGAAGUUGGGCGGCCUUAAUGUAGCCUAUAGCCCCUACUACAAGAUCUUCCAACCAGGAAAUGUGGUUCCAUCCAAGACAAAGAUAGCGUACCACUUCUCUACUCUGGUGCUCACGUAUGGCCAACAGCACACGCUGCAGAUUGAGCCUCGAGAUGAAUACGGAAACCCCACCAGCAACUCCACGUCACUCGUCGAUGAAGUCAACUAUAGUGUCUACAUGCACCCACUGGGAACGACGGAUGACAACGGUGACGAGGAGUACUACAGCAAGUCGGUGUCGUCCAAUAAGCAGCUGUGCCAGGUGCUGCUGCGUCUCACGCUGCGCCAGAUGGGCUGCUUCAGAGCCCGCAUCUCCUACCAGGACCAGCCGCUCAGCAACGGAGAAUUUGACAUCAUUGUGCUCAGUGAAAACGAGAAGAACUGUGUGGAGAAGAACGUGUCCACGCCAGGCAUCAGUAUCUACUUCGAGGCCUACCUGUACGGCACGGGGAAUUACAACAGCUCCCACUGCCACUUCCCAGCGCCCUCUCUGCUGGCGCCUCCGAGGCGGCCCUCCGUGGGCGACGAGGACGACGACCACGACUCCCCGACGGAGGGGCAGCCUGAGAAGCUCAAGAAACCCAAGAAGGUUUACUGCUACAUAUCGCCAAAGCAACUCUCAGUGAAGGAGUUUUACCUGAAGAUAAUCCCAUGGCGCCUUUUCACAUUCCGUGUGUGCCCAGGAACGAAGUUCACCUAUCACGGCCCCGACCUCAUCCACAAGUACUUGACGUUGGUGGUGGACGACGGCAUCCAGCCCCCCGUGGAGCUCAGCUGUAAAGACAGGAACAUCAUGGCCGCCACCUUCAUCCGCUUCCUGCACAAGAACAUCGGUGGCUCGGAGACAUUUCAAGACAAGGUGAGCUUCUUCCAACGAGAGCUCCGGCACAUGCACUCCAAACGACCUCGCACGAAGACCUGCUUGAAGAUCACGCGCCAAGCCAUACUGGAUUCUUCUCUGAAGGCAACCAGGAACUUUUCGGUGUCGGACUGGAGUAAGAACUUUGAGGUGGUUUUCCAGGAUGAAGAAGCCCUGGACUGGGGAGGUCCUCGUCGGGAGUGGUUUGAGCUGAUUUGCAAGACUCUAUUUGACACCAACAAUCAUCUUUUCACCCGCUUCAGUGACAACAACCAGGGACUGGUGCACCCUAACGCAGAGCGGCCCCCUCACCUGCGGCUGAAGGUGUACGAGUUCGCCGGGCGUGUGGUGGGCAAGUGCCUGUACGAGUCAGCACUGGGCGGAGCUUACAAGCAGCUGGUGCGCGCUCGCUUCACCCGAUCCUUCCUGGCACAGAUCAUUGGCCUGCGGAUGAACUACAAGUAUUUUGAAACCGACGACCAAGAGUUCUACAAGACAAAGGUCUGCUUCAUCCUGAACAACGACGUGAGCGAGAUGGACCUGGUGUUUGCUGAGGAGAAGUACAGCAAGUCCGGACAACUGGAGAAGGUGGUGGAGCUGAUUUCAGGAGGCGCUCAGAUCACGGUCACUAACGAGAACAAGAUCCACUACCUGAAUCUGCUGGCGCAGUACCGGCUGGCCAGCCAGGUGCGAGACGAGGUGGAGCACUUCCUCAAGGGUUUGAAUGAACUGGUUCCAGAGAAUCUUCUAGCCAUAUUUGAUGAAAAUGAGUUGGAGUUGUUGAUGUGUGGUACAGGUGACAUCAAUGUUCAGGACUUCAAAGCCCAUGCGGUGAUUGUUGGAGGCUCGUGGCACUUCAGAGAGAAGGUGAUGAAGUGGUUCUGGGCGGUGGUGUCCUCCUUCACUCAGGAGGAGCUGGCGAGGCUGCUGCAGUUCACCACCGGCUCCUCACAGCUGCCCCCUGGUGGCUUCAUUUCAACCAGCUGUGCCUCCCUACGUACGAUUCCUACGAGGAGCUGCACAAACUGCUCAAGCUGGCCAUCAGCGAAGGGAGCGAAGGUUUCGGCAUGCUGUGAACCCGCCUCACUUCCUGUCCUGAUGCUAACCAGGAAGUGGCGGAGUGGAGUGAAGGUCGGAGUAGAGGACAGACUCCACACACUUAACCAGUAGACACUGCGGCUCGUGUAUUCCAGUGAGCCCCUAUAUACCUGUAUCAGAGGAGGUUGCAGUAUAUCUGGAGGAAGCUUCUGGAAGCUCGGCAGUCCUGGCCAACAACCAGACGUGUGUAUAAUGUAAAUGAAUUACAUGAUAAUGCUGUUUUCUUCCUUUUUUAUACUUACUAUGACGAAACCCAAGAGCAGUGGCCCAACUAGAGUUUUAUUGUAGACGCUUAAAGAAGGGUUAGGGUACAUUUAGUAGCUGCUUAUCUAGAGAGUAGUGAUGACAGUUUGCCAUUCGAAAGCUGGAGACUUUGAAUACAGAGUAUCAGCCUCCAAACGGUGUGGGCCAAGCCACACAUCCAUAGCACUUUUGCCUUAACUGAUCAGGUAAGGGUGUGUGUGAGCGAGUGAGUGUGAGAGAGAGUGUGUGUGUGUGUGUGUGGUGUGUGUGUGCGUGUGCAUGUACAUUAUUGUGUAAUUCCAUCGUAUUUGUAUGUAUAAUGUCAAUAUCUUUGACGGAUCUGUGAUUUGAUGUGUCCGUGCUCUCAAUGAGGGAUGUACCUUGUUUUUGUUGGUGAGGUUUUUUUUUUUGUUCUUUUUUUCUUAUAUUUAAUUUCCCCAUUUGCUAUAAUGGGUAAAAAGCUCCAACCACAGUUUAUUGGGUGGAUUGUUGCAAUUAACCUCCAGUGAUGGAAAAUGGAGGCCCGAGCAGCUGUUGAACUGCUGGCGAAAUAGGAAGAGCUUCUAUUGCUUUCAUCCAUAAGGGAUGCAGUUCUGUGUGGUCUUGUUUUUAUUUACCAUUUCGUUUUAGUGUUCUGCCUUAUUUGAACAUGGGCCUGUUUGUUGUUCAUGGUCAUGAUCAUGUUAAGUCCUCUGUUGAAGCAUGUUGAAGUGUUUUGCACAAAUCUGAGUUGAAAUAGCAAAGUGAGACUGAAUUGGGGACUGUGCGACAGGUGAAGGAAUUCUAGGAAUUGUAGGAGUUCCUCUGUGAGAUGCACAUCUCGGCACCUCCACCAGGGGGAGCACUGUAAGGUGAACUGAUACUGUUUUGGCCACUGGAACAUUACAGGUCAAAACGUUAAGAGAUGACAGCAUAGGAUUCAAAGGGUCCUCAGUGAAUAACUUUUUCUUUUAUAUUGUUUUUUUUUUUUUUGGCUAAUUUAUUUCAGUGACCAAACUGUCAGUUGGGAAAUAUACCUGUGUUUGUUAAUUCGUGUACACCUCAUCCAUGUUGACAUGGUGAGUCUGAAGCCUACUGAAUGUGUUUCUGUCCGUCUUUUUAUUUACUUGCUUAAUUUGCUUUGUUGACCUUCUAUGGUGUUGUGUGGGUCUCCAUAGUGUUUUAUUUCAUUCAAAGGUUCAAAAGGGCAAGUGGGUUAUUUAUUAAUUCGUUAUUAAAAGACAGAUUCUGAAAAUGUCAUAUAAAGAAAUGAGCAUCAAUCCAAAGGUAUUAUAUUCACAUUCCACAGUCAGCAAGAGUGCGUCAGUAUCCUCAAGCUCUACUCUAGUGUUGAUUUUCAGUUUGGUUGAUAUGAAACCUAACAGUUGAGAGCAGUGUGGUUAAGCAUAUUUCUGUGCUAUAGUAUCCCAAAGGAUUUGGCCACUAUGAAUUUCUUUCAAUUUCCGGGAAUGAGUUUGACCUAUGACCCUUGAGUCUUGAAAACAUUACUUUAAACUACUGGCCUCGUCACUUCAACAUACUAUGUUGAAUAUUUCUCCUUUUGCCUGAUUAAAUAAGUGCACCUAUGCUGUUUGGACUGCAGUGUUAAUUGAUCUAAACCCCCAUGGUUACAGGGUAGCAGUUGAAGUAUUUCCACCAGUUGAAAGCUCUCUCUCUUCUCUUUAUCAGAAUAAUGUUACAUGAGUUGGACUUCAGGGUGGAUCUCAGUUGAUCAAUUCAGUAACAGAAGCCAGCUAAUGCAAGAGUCUUUCUGUGUGUGUUACCUUUUGGACUGUUUUCAACAUCAGUCGACGUGGUCAUCUGCUCUUUUAAUUUGUGUGACGGAGGUGGAAGGGAAGAGUUGGAACGCAUCCAAACAUUUAAGCAGCGUUAAGUUAUCCAGCCGUCCUAUGAAACACGGAAGAUGUCACCAGCCGCAGUAAUGACAUGCGUAACUGUUGGAGAUGUAGAAAUCCUGCACUUGACUGACACUGGAAGUUGUCUUUAUCAGUUGCGCCAGGCCAUUAUGUGUUAUUAUGAGUGACAUGAUGUUUUGAGUUUUGCCAUUUUAAAUUCUUGUGAAUAUUGUGUGAUGGCUGUUUGCAGGCUUGACGUGAGCUGUUUCAAUUUGUUUAUAUUUUUCUUUCUUAUAUUUGAAAUGGGAGAUUGGUCAAGGUCAUCACUGAGGUCACAAAUGUGUGUUUCCUCCUCACUGUUGUAAGCUUUGAUGAUGCCAUCAACCUGUUGAUUAAAUGAAGAAAUAAACCACAGCAGACACAA